AAUAAAUGAACUUCAUAAUUAUUUUUGGAUAAAAUUUUAAUAAUAAAAUCUGAAAUUCAAAAAUAAAAUUAAAGUGAUUUGAUCAAAUUAUAAGAUAAAUCAAACAUUGAAAUUCAAAAUGAAUUGGAAAUCAACGAUAUUAUUUUUAGCAAUUCUUUAUUCACAUUCAACAUUUUUAGUAAACAGUGUUCGUAUUCCACCUAGAUUUUCAAGAAAUUCAAAAUCAACAGUAUCGAAUACGACAGAAACAGUUCGAACAACAACUACAGCAACAACAAAUGGUAAUCAAAGUUCAGAUAAUGAAGAAAAAUUAGAUGAAACUUUUAAAAAAAUUAUGAAAACGACAACUGAGUCAAUUAUAGAAACGACAUUGAAUCCAACACAUAAAAUUCAACCAACUGUUUUACCAUAUUCAAAUCGCAGAGCUUAUUCAAAUCCUCACAUUUUACAUAAAAGUUUGAAUAAAGUUAAUCAAACGUCAGCCGUAAAACCUUCACCAAAGAAUAUUGGUUCAACAAAAUUAAAUUCAAAUACUGAUGAUUAUGAUACACUUCAUAUGGGUGUUGCUGUACCACUUACACAAGAAGAUUUAGAACGUGAAAUUGCUAGUAAUAUACCAGCGGCAACAAAUGUUCAUAGUAAAUUAAUUGAAACUUCAACACCAAAGGGAAGUCUUUCAACAUGGAUACUCUUAAAUCAAAAUGAACAGAAUGAUAAACGUAUGACACCAACUCCAAUACCAUUACAUAAAGAGGCAAAAGUUGAAAAAAUACAAAAACCAAAAAUAUCAACAACAAUGAAACCAAAAUAUAAACCAUCUUCAUCAAAUGGAUCUGUAAAGCCAUCACAGAAACCAAAUGCAAAAGUAACUAAAAUACCAUCACUAUUGGAAGAAAAUAAUAAAAAAGUAAAAAUUCCAAAUGAAAAACUUACUGCAGCACCUACUGCAAGACCUACUAAGCAAACAACUGUAAAAACAAUUGGUGAAACUUUAGCAAAGAAGAUAGUUAAAAAAGCAUCGGCAACAAUGGCUCCAACAGUAAAAACACCAAAAACUAAAGCCACAACUACAACCACGACUACAACAGAACCACCAUCGAGUAGUACAGAAUUAAUAGAAACAACACCAGAACCACCGGUUGAAGUUUCAUCCACCACUGUUGAAUCCACAACAUUUUUAAUUAUGGAACCAAAAGAUGCUGAUUUCGAUUUACCAGCUGAUCGAUCGCCUGGAACUACUAAAAAACCUAAAAAAAAUAAAUCUAAAAAGAAUAAAAAUAAAAAUGAACUGUCAAAAAAACCAUCUAAAUUAUCAUCAACUACAAAUAAAGAGAAGCCACUUGCAACAAAAAUUUACAAUUAUUUGGCACGGGAAGUAAUGCCAACAGUUGGAAUGGGACUUGUAGGUUUAACUGUUGCUGCUGGUUUAGCAACAUAUUUCUUAGCGCCAUUUGGUGCUCUUCGUCGUUCUUAUGAAAUCACUGACCGAAAAGAUGAAUUACCACCAUUUCCAAAUGAUGAAUAUGCUCCGAAAGAAGGUGCUACAGAAGAAGAAAAUUAUAGUCAAAUUGUCGCUCCGAAUUCACCUUACAGGAAUAGUAUACGUUAUACUUUACGUCAACCAGGACCUAAUUUAGGACCAAGACCAAUGGGAAAAUUUGUACAAGGUCCAGUUCCACCAGCUCAAUAUAGAAUUCGUAAUGUUGCUCCACCCAAUUAUCCAGCUAUUUCUCAACCACAAUAUAAUGGUUAUGGUCCAAAUCCAUUACAAAGAAGAGAUCAAUAUCCUCAACAGUUCUAUAGAUAUACGAAUGAUCCACAAGAUAUGUACAGACAAAGCACAUAUUUACAAGCAUAUCAAGAACAACAACUUGAAAAAGAGAAACUAUUGCAGGAACAAUUAUUAUUACAGCAGCAACAGCAACCUCAACAGGACAGCGCAGGUGAUCAAUUAGAUAAUAUGCCGGAUGACCAACAUAAUAUGAUGGAUCAGCAUAUAGAACAGACAGUUGGUGAUUCAUAUUUUCCAGAAGGAGAUACACAUUAUUAUGAAAAUCAUCAACCUAGUUACUCAGAUAUUCGACAAUCAUUUAUAGAAAAGAAUGUUCAACCCGGUAUGGUAUUCUCUGAAAAUCCAUACCAAGAUUUACAAUCAACUUCAAUGCAAAUUAAUAGUAAUGAUAAGUCAUCCGAACCAGAGAAAUCAUUUCAAACUGAAAGUAAUAGCUUACCAAUGAUUGUUACACCAGAACCGAACAUAGCCGACAAUAUUAUGAUAACAAAUGAAAAUAUGCCAGAAGAUAAUAUUCUUCGAAGACGUUCACAAUUUAUUGUUGGAUCAAUUCAAACUUCAACAGCAGAAAAUGAUCAAGCAACUUCUAAGGAAAUAACUGUUGAAGCAGUACCAGAACAUGGACCCCGUCGUCGUCGUAGAAAGCGUGAUGUAUAUUAUCAACGUGAUACAAGUGAAAAUGAAAUCGAUACAGAAUUUAAUACAAAUCAAAUGGGUUCUCAAUCUAUGAAUGUAUAUAAACCAGAAAAUUCUAAUAUUGUUAUAAAUACAACACCUAAAUAUCCUUCAAUUAAGACAACAGUUCGUCCUUAUCGAGAUGCAACACGUGCUGUUCAAACAACAAUUUCAGAAAUUUCUGCUGUUAUACCAAAAUAUUUGAGAGCUUUUGAACGUCUCAUUAACGAAUUGAGAAUUAUUAGUAAUCAUGCAAUUCAUAAUAAUAAUAACAAAAAUAACAGUUACACAAACAACGUAAAUUUAGAUAAAAAUCCAUCACAAAAUUCACCAGCAACAUCAAAUUCACAAACAAAUCAACAUUAA